AACAGAAAAAUAGCAAGAGUAAAUACAUUCCAGAUCUUCUUUCCUCGCUACGAAUAUAUGGAUCCCAUAUACAAUGAAACUGACCGCGUGCCGAAGUAAACCUGCGCAACUGCCAAUGUCCCGAAACCGCAACAACUGGAUAAACAGACGACCGAAUGUAUUCCAGGUAACAGCACUCGGAGAAAUGGUUGGUUUCUUCACUAUUCUACGUGGCAUUCUGAUCUUUGCGUUGGCUGCGUUUUCUUGCUCGGUCUGUGCACUUACAUUGAAUCAGCAUUUUCAGCAACUUCGAAAUGAUUGCGUCCGUACGAAGGAAUUAUUGGAAGAUAAUAUCAUUCGACUAGAAAAGGUACAAGCCCAACUGGAGACGCUGGAACUGAAAGUUAAGCAGCAUAGCUUGUUGGGGGAAGUUUUACUUGAUCAGUUUGAAGACAUCAGUUCUGCUAAACUACAGGAAGAAAUGAUUGAACAUGAUAGCAAAAUACGGCAGGAAGAAAAUUUUGCAAGUGUUCCACAGAUCAGCAUAUCGUCAGCAAUUACCGAGUCCAUUCCAAAUGACGCUAUUAAGUUCAUACAAGAAAUUAAAGGGCCAAUGGAAACGGCUGAUCCAGCCAGUAUAGUACCCGUUCCGAAAGGCGUUAUUAGUAUGGAUUACAAUUCAUUUACUCUCAGUUAAGUGCUAACCUCAUGUAUAUCGGUCUAAAUUGUAUUGCGCAAUGUGAAAAAGGAGAAUAAAGCCUGCGAAUAAAGAUGGGUCGUGGAAGUGGACUCAUGCAAUAAAUAUACUACCAACUUGGAACACUGUCAAAA